AAUAAAAAAUAAAAAACCGGUAAAGAUGAAUGAUUUAUUUUCACACUCUUUCAAAAAAUACCAAGAUGUAAAGACCCAAGGCCCAAUGGAGGACAUCGAAAUCGGUGGGGCCGCGGGCCGAACCGAGGGUGUCAACCUCGAUAAAUUUUUCGACGACGUUGAGAGCGUCAAAAAAGACAUGCUCGAUGUUGAGAUGCUUUACAAACGGCUCCAAGAAUCAAACGAGGAGAGUAAAACCGUCCAUAACGCAAAAACCAUGAAAGAACUCCGGGCUCGAAUGGACGCUGACGUUAAUCAGGUCCUCAAACGCGUAAAAGUUGUAAAGAACAAGUUGGAGGCUCUCGAGAAGUCGAACGCAAGCCACCGCCGCGUCCCGGGAUGUGGGCCCGGCUCGUCAGCAGACCGGACCCGAACUUCCGUGGUGAGCGGCCUCGGGAAAAAGCUCAAGGACAUAAUGGACGACUUCCAAGGCCUGCGGGCCCGGAUGAACGAGGAGUACAAAGAGACCGUCGGGAGGCGGUACUUCACAGUCACCGGAGAAAAAGCCGACGACGAGUUGAUAGAGAACAUGAUAUCGAGCGGGGAGAGCGAGAGCUUUUUGCAGAAGGCGAUACAGGAGCAAGGUAGGGGCCAGAUAUUGGACGCGAUAUCGGAGAUUCAAGAAAGGCACGACUCGGUGAAGGAGAUAGAGAAGAACCUUCUAGAGCUACACCAGAUAUUUUUGGACAUGGCGGCAUUGGUGGAGGCGCAGGGGCAGCAGCUCAACGAUAUAGAGAGCCACGUGGCGCAUGCCAGCUCGUUCGUGCGGCGGGGGACCGAGCAGCUACAAGAAGCCAGGGAGUACCAAAAGGGUUCGAGGAAGUGGACUUAUAUUGCCGUUAUGCUCGUCAUCGUAUUCAUCGUUUUCGCUACAUUCCCCAUUUGGUCUCAGAUUUUGCUAGCUAUGAUUUGAUU